AUGCCCGCAUACGCCCAAUCGCCGUCACACCAGCUCUCCGCGGCAGAGUCAGUCGAGCCAACCACCUCGCCAGCUGCCUCACAUGCGCUGACAGCCAUCACCGCAGGCCGAGGAGACAUAUCGCUCGGUGCCAUCGUCCCGCCCCGCACCCCCUUUGCCUUGGACAAUGACCAGGGUGCCGAAAUAUUCCAGUGCAACGCCCGUCACACGUGUCUCACAACUCUGCUAUCCUGCUACUUCCACUUAUCAAACAGUGCUCUUGGUCAUGACAAUUACCUGCUCCGCAAUUGCCCGUGCCGUGGUGCACCCCCCGACAAGCUUCAUCGCGCACCCGUCGGUGGCUUGCAACGUCGAACCGGCGCAGAAUACCCACUUACGCCAUUGUGUAUUACCAAGCAUGUCUCUCAGGCGACAUAUGUAAUAAGUACAUAUAUAUCUCACAUACUUAUGUGUGUGGACAUAUGGAGUUGUGGACACAUGCCCGUCCCUGGUCCCUGUGGCUAA